AUGAGGUGCUUUAGUGUUAUAAUUGGAGUAUUUUUUAUAGUGGAUAGUGUUUUUUCAGAUACAUGCACGACACCACUCGGCGUGACCAGUAACUGCAUAUCUCUAUAUAAUUGUCCAGAACAUGUAGCAGCAUUCCAGCAGAGGCCAUUGUCAUCUCACGCUGUUAACUUUCUAAGACAAUCACAAUGUGGAUUUGAUAGAAGAACUCCUCUAGUCUGCUGUGGCCCUAUUCCUUCAGCUCCAUCAUCGUCUGCAUCUACGACACCAAAACCAAGGCCUCAACAAAUAGAUAGCAGUGUAGACCCACCGGUUAGACGCGAUUCGCUUCCGGAACCUCGCGGCACUUGUGGAAUUGACAGAAGUGACAGGAUUUUUGGAGGAACAAUCACUGAUUUAGACGAGUUCGUAUGGAUGGCGUUGUUGGGAUAUCAAAGAAUAUCAGGCAAAGGAAUAACAUAUCAGUGCGGCGGUGUCCUCUUUAAUCAUCGUUAUGUACUGACUGCAGCCCACUGCGUCACGGGAGAAAUCACACGAGUUGUAGGAGAUUUAGACCGUGUACGUCUUGGCGAAUAUGACACACAGUCUGAUGUAGACUGCCUUGGAGAUGACUGUGCUGAUCCCGUCCAGGAGAUAAAGGUUCACAGCGCCUAUCCCCACCCCGGAUACUCAGAUGGCAACACUAACAGACAAGACGAUAUCGCUCUUGUUAGAUUGGCAAAGAGAGUUCAAUACACAGAUUUCAUUCAACCGAUCUGUUUGCCUGACCAUAACACGCGGUUACCGGUAGGAACCGAAGUUUUCGUUGCUGGCUGGGGCAAAACACUAGAAGGUAAUAGCAGCCCCAUCAAGCUAAAGCUCGGUCUACCAAUCUACGACAAGUCGGAAUGCUUUGAGAAGUUCAAAGUACUAAACGCCAUUUUGACUGAUAGACAAAUCUGUGCUGGCGGUGUGUACAAAAAGGACGCGUGCAGAGGCGAUUCUGGUGGUCCAUUAAUGAGGAAAGUUGGCGAAGUCUGGGAGUCUGUGGCCGUUGUUUCUUUCGGUCGUGGUUGCGGUCGUGACGACUGGCCAGUUCUAGCUGAUGAUGAUGAGCAGGAAUGUGUUAUAAGCUUCAGUGAUGUAGUGGAAGAGUGUGACGGAUUCGACAACGAUUUUGCAAAGUUAAAAGGCAUGUCCUUAGGGUACGUCCACACUAACGUCAGUGCCGUUAGUCUAUCUGGUACUAUUAGCCUGAUGGAUUCUAUUGACGAUGGAUACCAGUUGGAACUGCAAAUAUCUAAAGUAUCUGGUUCGUCAUGCAAUGAUGUUAUGUGGAUAGCUGCUAGCAAUAUCUGCGCUAGCCUCAAAGAAGAAGACACCCCUUGGUACGCCCUAGUCCACAACCUUCAUAUGGAUGAAUGUCCAAUUAUUGAGGCAGAUUACGCGAUGGAUAAUCUACUACUCGAAGAUGGAUCAGCUUCUGACUUCUGUACCCCGGAAAUGGCCGGCGAAUAUUGUAUUCAACUAUCUAUUACAGAUAAUAUGAACAACCAAGUCGUUUGUUACACUUCGUACAUAAGUGUAGAAUCUUCUAGUAAAUAA